ACUAGCCUUACAUUUCCUGGGUUCCCUUUUUAGUUUCUAUCUCCUACCAUGACAUCAGCUCUCCACAGGAAAUUCCACUCCUUUUAGGUUCUUUCUUUCCCUCUGGGUCCUCCCAGAAACCCCUAUAAAAAGAGGGUCCACACCUGAGACAGAGGCACAGACCUGCAAGGUCUCCCAGCUAGUGCUCUGCUCCUCCAAGUCUUCCCUCCUCUCAGGAUCAUGAAGGUCUCUGUGGUUGCCUUCUCCAUGCUCAUGGUCAUGGCCUUCAGCUCUCUGGCAUCCUCUGCACCAAUGGGCUCUGACCCUCCCACCUCCUGCUGCUUCUCCUAUAUCAGCCAACAGAUCCCCAGAAAAUUUGUGACAGACUAUUAUGAGACCAGCAGCCUGUGUUCCCAGCCAGCUGUGGUGUUCCAGACCAAAAGAGGCCGGCAGGUGUGUGCCAACCCCAGUGAUGACUGGGUUCAGAGCUAUGUGGAAGACCUGGAGCUGAACUGAGGGGCUCAGGGGCCUUGGAUGGUGACUCUUAAAGGGAAAUGGA